AUGGCCGGAAUAUUCAAGAUUUUGAAGGCGGUCGUGUGCAUUUUGGCGGUGGUCUCUUCGGCUGUCUCGGUGGAUGCAUUGGGUUGCACGCAAGUGGCCCAGUACUUGAGCCCAUGCAUCCCUUACGUGAUGGGCCAGGGCCCAAUUGGGAAUUGUUGUGGUGGGGUUAAAGGGCUUUAUUCGGCUGCCGGCACAAGUGCCGACAGGCAAGACGUGUGCAAGUGCUUGAAGUCAAUGGCAUCUAAUGUUGACCUCGACAAGGCCGCAAGUCUCCCUUCACAGUGUGGAGUCGACGUGCCUUACGAGAUCAGCCCUUCCACCGAUUGUGCAAAGUAA